UUACUGUCGCCUGACGAGCAAACCACACUGCAUCACAUGUCCUGCUUUCAACGUUUCACCUGACAAUGCCACGGCCGACGUACAAUUGCUCCAGUAGGGACGCAAAUCAAUAGAGGAGAUACAUUCGCGAUCAAGCCGUUCCGACUGGUGCUUUCCUCAUCCACAGAGCUCGCGCAAGGUACAUAUCCAACUAAUUCACGACCGUCAUUUCCUUUGGCCAAACAUAUUGUACCUGGAACGCCUGGAGCUUCGUCAUGUCUUCAAAUAAGUCAUGGCUGGCUCAGUCCCUAUCAGGGAAACUACCUCUACUCUCCGAGUCGAGUCAUGAGCUUCCACGCUGGCGCGCACCCACUUCGAUGACAGCCUCAAUCAUCCCGCCGCCGAUUCUACAGAGCACGGCCAACUUGCGUCCAGCGAUUCCUUCGCAGUCGGUGAUUGUUGAGAGGCCAGACUCGACACGGACAAGACAGCAGGAGCUUGAGGCAGAUCUCCAAUUCUUGCUCGAUGCGCAAGCGGAAGGCCUCGUGCGUGGGUUGGAAGGAGGAUCAGCAGAUGAUUACAGCUCCACUGGCAGCAGGACUCCGACUGUUCACUCCGUUCGUGCUGCGAAAGGCAAGAAACCGGCGACCCGUAGAGUAGGGCUUAGGAGCACCAGGAGGGGAAUCCACAGAAGCAUUCUCGCUCUGUCUGCGCUCAAGGAGGAAGAGCUUGAAGAGUUGCAAGGGGAGACCGAGAAGACUACGGACACACUCAAUCAAAUAUAUGCGUGGGAAUCGAAAAGAGAGGGGCUAGAAGAAGCAACACAGCAUGUUCGUAGCGAGGACGAUACCGUUCGCGUGCAAAGGUUACGACAAGAAGCAGACACUCUCCAAACGAACAUCAGUCAGGCCGAAGAGCAGCUCAUGGAAAUGAAGCUUCGUCAUAGCAAACUCAUGAGUCAAGCGGCUGCCGUCGAGAACUCCGUGCAGGCGAAACUCGCCUCGUACACUUCCAGCCUCCGCCUUCUGGAGGAAGACGUGCAGAAAUUCCUCCGCAGCGGGCCUCCCUCUGCUCAACGCGCUUCCCGAUCCCAAUCGUGGAGCAGCAACAGCAGCGCACGAGCACCCUUCUUACAGACACCGGUCAAACAACGAACGCUCCAACAAGCAAAAGACCACUACCACACCCAGAACGAGACAUCCACCCGCCAACGGCAGUCCAUCGAACACGAAAAACGCGCCCUGGACGAAGGUGCCGCCCUCUGGCAAGAAGCCACCCACGAACUCCACGCCUUCGAGACCCGUCUCCGCGAAGAAAUGACCCUCCUCUCUACCCCCGCUCAACCAAUCUCCGCGUGGGACCACCACGAUGACGACGGAUCCGACAAUCAAACAUCAUCCGACAACAGCACCGUCCGCCUCAAAACCCUCCUCGACGCCAUGGAAACCCUCAUAUCAUCCCUACAAACCAAGAUCUCCCACGCCGAAGAGCAACAUUGGAACCUCCUGAUCGCAGCCUUAGGCGCAGAAAUCCAAGCCUUAGAGAAAGGCCGAGAGAUCCUCGAGGGGGUGUUGCGUGCCUCGGGGGAGACGGUGGAACGUCGGAGAGGAAGGGAAGACGGUGGUGAUUUGGUGGAUACGGGAGUAGAGAGUCAGGAGGCGACUGAUCGAGAGCAGGAUGAAGAGAUCCAUAGCCUGGAUAAAGAGUUUCGGCGGACGCGCGUUACGACGCCGAGUGAUCACAUUUCUGACGAGGAUCCGGAUCCGGAACUGUUGUUCUCGAGGAGGGAGCCGGAUUUGGAUUGAGACGUUUGGCUUUGGACCAGCGAGCGAGAGGAAGUGUGUGAAAAAGCAUCAUGUGUUUAGCAGAUGUAUCCUUUUCUGGUUUUGUAAAAGUACUUUAAGCUGAUGGAAAUCAAAUGGUGGGAAUCUUCGCAACAACACAAAGCAAGGCUCAGAUCCUGCCAUUCCUGACGGCAUUAGAUUCGCAUGUAUCCCCUCAUCAUUCCGGCUCAGAACAUUUUAUCCAGACGACCCAGUAAUCCCGAGACUUUGCUGUCAAUUCCUUGAAUUCCAUCAUUC